GAAGACAUCGCCCACCGCCUACUCUCUCAGAGACUAGAUUGAUGUCCUUUCUACACUCUUACUCCACCGAAAUACUGAUCUUAGAAAGUCCUAGGCUCGUCUUAUUAUAUGAAGACCUUUUACUAGACCACUAUCAUGCCUCCGUCCUCUGCCUCGACACCUGCUAUAGACCAGUAUCAUCCCUGCUACCCAUUUUGGCUCGUGCGUGUUCUUUGCUCCUGUGGUCGCCUGUGUUGCGCUUAUCAUCCCCUUGUUCCUCGGGAUUGUGGACGCCCCGACAAAAUCAAUACCUCGUCCUAUCCAAAGAACCCAUAAUCCUGGUGACUGAGCGGCAAUGGGGAGCAACGGCCUCAGCAGUGGAGUGGAGACCGGCAGUCGGGGUUCUUCUUCUGUUGAAGCACCAAUGUUUUCGAGGCUCAAGAAAAGCCUAAUAGAAGUAUGGCCCGCAACCGUCUUGGUUGUUGAGACGCUCUUUUUCCUAGUAGUGUUUGCAGUGUUGCUAGAAGCAUUCGGGUUUUUCCGGAAGAAGCCAUUGAUAUCUUUUCUCUCCAGUAUAUUUUUCCCAACUACUGGGCGAGAUGAGGGCAGGAAAAAUAAAAAGGGAGAUGAAAAAGUCGGAUUACGGAUGCGAGGUAUACCUCAUGAAAAUUGAUGGCAGAUGACCGAAAAGACAGGGUCUUCUACUUAUCGUCAAAUCUUUAAUGUACUGUUCCUUGCUCUUCGAACACAUUCACAUACAAAAAGUACCUUGAACUACACCUGUCUGCACCUGCUAUACCCAGGUCGCCCCACGAGUAGGCGUGUGAUAUUAGAUGGCUCGGACUCAGAAUCGGAACCCUCAGUGGCGGAUGAGCGCAGUAACGGGUCUAGUGCGAAUAUAUUGCCGCUUUGCAUGCGCGUGCUGGAUCACAAGGUGGAGGACGACACUGGAUACUAUGAUUAUGGCAAAGGCAGUGAUGUAGCAGAACAAUGGGUUCUAAUUAUUAUAGGGUACAACAUUGCUCAAUUCGAAUCAUAGUAUUACCGGUGAUUCUAUAAUAUAGUGUUCAUGCGAUUGUGGUCCUUUUAAUACUCGGUGGCCUUGUCGCGCGGACUGCAAGGAGAGGUCUUGUACAGCGUUUGGAAACGCUAUAGCGAAUUCCGUGAAUUACAUCUCGCUUUUGGCGGUGCUUUCCCGGAUUUUCCUGGCAAAACCCUUUUCCCACUCAGGAGGCGUACUAUUAAGGGUGGCUGACGGUAACACAAUAUAUGUCUUAUAAGAAUAAUGUACUGCAUUUGCAGCAGCUUCAUUACACGUCUGACAGGUUAUUUGCGCUUGCGUUUUUUAAGGGUAGGUUAAAGGUGCUUUUCUUACCGCUUUUUAUGCCUCUCCUAAGGGAGAAAGCCAUAAAAAGCGGGGUAAGCAAGCACCAAAAACCUACCUCUAAGUUUUCGUAAGUAUCUUCCUUUUUUUAUGGGUACUGCUCUCUUCUAAUCUCCUGGAUGAGAGGCGAAUGCUGUUGGAAAAGUUUCUGCAGCAAUUGGAUUUUGGGAAUUCUCUAUCACACUUGAAUCCGUUUUUUGGUUUUUAUGGCGAGUUUGAGCUGAGUUCUGGAGACGUGCGCGGCAACGAUAUUAACAAGAGGCGCCGCGCGUCCCCUGAAGGCGAGGAACGCGGAUUCGUUCAAGAUUUAUGAUGCUGUGGGAGCUUACAACUUCUACUUGGCUACGAUAUAAUUGAUUGGUGUGAAUGACGAUGUUAAUUGGUGUUUUGUACAACUGCAGGUUGUUCUUCUGUAUCCAGUGGUAUCACUCGAUAGGAAAAAUGAUCCCGCAUUUAGUUUUUUGAUUUGCUGGAAGUGCCCCAGCUCAAGCAGGGCCGCAUGAGAGUUGAAUCAGCUGUCAAUCACAAAGUAAGGCCAUUUUCAUACUGCUUGACGCCAGCCGGAAUAGCAAAGCAAGAGCUUCUCAGUACGAAACAGCUACCGAAGAUAGUCGAGGACCGACUUCGUAAAAUUCAGGACGUUUAUCCUCGCCUGCUGAAAGACGUUGAUAGCUGGAUCCUAGAGAAAAGUGGCGCAGAUACACAGGUAGUGCCACUUUUUUGUAAUAGUUCGCCCAAGACUCUACUAACGAAGUGCGUGGCCGUGUCGCUGCAUGCGGGAUUGCAGCGCGAUCUGCGUGCCUGAAAAUCUUAGGAAGCCGGGUGGGCUGUGGUGCCUGACCAGCAGACACAUACGUGAUAGCGCAGAAAUGGAGGGCCGGCGGGGGUCGAUGGGGCUGCCCAAUACACACGGGAGGCCCAAGACGUGAGGCGAAUCGGUUCCCUUCUGGUGCAGACUGCUUCGGAUUACUUCGGGCAUACAGGGGCACGCAAGCGCCUGACAGAAAAACGAUGACACAGGGCGCAGCGCGUGCACGGUUAGGCAGCUGCUGAGGGGAGCCCGCAGCUCUCCGGUGCUGGGGGUUGACUGCUGUGCGUAUCCCGAAGCGCACACGGGGCCGAUGUGACAGCUUGAGGACUCCUGGGCUUGGGUUCGCGAGGCGGAGAGAUCCAGGCAGCAGCCACGAAAGCGGCCGCUCCACGUGGCGGGCCUCUUCUCUCUUGUCGCAGGCUAUCAUCGUGGAGCCUACCUGCCCGGGCGCUUCUUGUUCGUAUUGGUUUCGUGGCCCUCCAGCGCGUUGGGACGCGCCUGGAAGGAAGCGGGGGGGCGCGGCUUCGUGGUCGUGGGGGCUUCAUGUUGAGCGCAGACGCGCCAAGGCUUUUAGUUUUACUUGUUUAUUUCGGCAGGGAAUGAGUCUGGUCGAGGGCUGCGUGAUAUUGUUGAACAGGCUCGCUGAAGAGAAUCAAGCGCGGGCCCGCCGACGUAAGCAACGGCUGACAACUCAAAAGCCUACAGCUGUGGAAAGGGAUGGCGGCGUUGGUAAAGAGCCCAAACAGGACAGGCGCGCGAUGGCGGCGGCGGGUCGUGCUGCUUGGACAAGAUGGGGGGCCCAUAGACCUUCGCGCGCAGUGUGUGUGUGUGCGGGCGUGGAAGAGUGACAGGGACCGCCGACUGUCUGAAGGGGAGGGCUGCCGGUGAGGGGUAGGGAGACGAAAGGGGGAGACGCUGCCGCCUUCAUUAUCAGCGGCAGGCGCUGUCCCAGUCUGCUAGCGGCGCUGUGUCAGUCUUUUGGCUGUGGCGUUUGCUGCUGGCGAGCGCUUGUGUGUCGCGUGCCCAUUUCGUCUGCGUGUCUCACCUGCCAUCAUGCUGUCGUAGAGUUUCUUCUUUCUUCCACUUCCCUACUUAGUACCUAGCUACUGGUUAGCAUUUCAGUCCAAGCAACUUACCCUACCAGAUUUAUUCCCAGAAAACGGACAGGGGUAUGCGCAGAUGGCGUGUGAGUCAGAAGAUACGAGCAUCGCUAGACAUUGUCCGUAGAAACGCAUUUUUGUUGGACAAGAGAAAAGUCUGGGACCCUAAUGUGGAGCCACAGUACUAUUGUCUACUUUUGACUUAGAUGGUGCUUGCUAUUGCAAUUUCGUAAAAAGAAUACACAGAAGUGUAAUGGUUAGCGACAUGGUACCAAGUUGAUGUAUAGGCUCUGCGAGAACCUUUGUUUAUAACGAAAUAUUUUAUCUUUGGUCUUCCUCGGUUCUUCAACAUUAUUAGCGACAGGAGAGGCUUAUAUUUAUGAUCACUUUAGAUCAACGUCUUCGCUCUGAAGUUGUUUCCACCUGAUCUUCCCAAAGAAUCAGGUCUAGCGAGUUGAUAGCGUUUGAGGAGGAUGCAACGCUUUGUGGCAGGGUAGACGUAAGCGAAGUGCUAACAAGUAGACAAGGCCCUGUGAAGAGUAGGCAAAUUGUGACAGCCACACUGACUAAAGGCGCCGGCCACGAUGACGAGGAUGAGGCAGAAGGGGAGGGAGGCGGCUCUGUUGCAGGAAGAGGCUCAGUCGGUGGCGGCGCAGUAUCUUCUGGAGGAGCCACUAUGAAAAACAUUGACAUGAACUUUGACCUAGAACAGUGGCACUAAAGAGAUCGGAAUAAAUUAAUAGGCCUAAGACGAGCUGCGUACACUGGUAAAAAGGUAAAGAAUCUAUAUCUAGCUCUAGGACAUCUACAGGCUAAUCCUAUGGCAUCUUCAUCAAUGCAAGAAUGGCUCUAACUCACGUCGACCGAUGCUUCUGAACGAAGAGAACAAAAAUAAUGCGGACCGCAAUGCCCAAGCAGCAAAUGGAGGAUCGAAGAAGAGCAGCAAAACAAGUGUUGCUUCGAUUAUGGCUCUUGUUGGUACUUGUUAUCUUUCGUCAACCUAUCACAUGAGUAGACUCGAGUGGGAACUUCAUGAACAAAUAUGUGAUGAUCACGAAAUUGCGUUGUCAGACUUCUGCAUUGUUUGUGACACCCUCUGCCAAAACGUUGGAGGCUGUCAUAUCUUCUAACUCCCACGGCGGCAAAUUAGAGCAGUUUGGCGCUGGCUUUCCCGACUGUUCCUUCAAAAGCAGUCUAGAGAGUAUGGUUGUCAUCGAUGAUGGCGAGUUUUACACGUGCUUGACGCGACGCGACGCUUACGUGCAUCUUGAAGCGUUGUCGCUAGUGAACAUGCAAAUCUUUCCGCAGUUUGUAGUAGAUCAAGCGAUGGCGGGAGGUUUGUUCGCCAGUUACUCUGCGCUUUUGCGGCAGUGUGAGGAGGAGGAAGGAGGACAGGGAUGAGGAAGGAAGUGCUGUGGAAGAACAAGAGAUAAGUCUUCAAAACUAAAUCAUAGAUUUUUGAAGUCACGUUUUGUAGUAUGUGGAUGAAGUAUGUCUAACUUGUAUCGAGUUAUUGUGAAAGAAUUUCUUCAGCAACACGCAUUGCUAAUUGAUUUGGAUGUCCGGACUCUGUGUAGUGGACUACUCAGUUUCGCGAGCAGCAGCGACAAUAGGGUGAACACCAGUAGCAUGUACUCAAAUUGGUGACACCUACAUGUAAGUUUUUGGUUUUCGCGUAUCCAUUUUUCUGAAAAUGAAAUAUGCAAAUACAAUUGUAAUUGGGAUAUGAUAUCAUAUUGAAUUCAUCAAUGAACAAUACCAGUACAUCAAUGCCGGUGCUGAAAGAAAGAACAUGUUAGUAUUUGUCAUGAUCUAUCAUGAUCGACCUUGAUGGUCGCACGACAUGCGAGCAACGUGUAAGAAAAAAGUAAAAACGCGUCGUUACGAAUAUUGCAUUAACUAAAAAACUGGGAGUAUGUUGCAUUCGCAACUACUUCAUACAAAAUGAACCGUUGCAAUUCCUUCGUUGAUACCACACUCAAUUCUUUCCUAUGUCAUUAUGGUGAUGUUAGCUCAAU